AUGGCUCCGAUCCCACGCCCAGCAUCCGCGCCUCGGCGGAGGUCGCGACGCGGAUCGAAUUCCAGCGCCGCCUCGGACCACACAGCCCUCCGUUUGACAUACCGCGCGCACGACGAAGACCUCCAUCCGUUGCGAUCGAUGGCCGAACGCGUUGGCAAGGAGGUGGAGAGGUUUGCCGAGAGCGUUGACAGCUGGCUGAAGGACAUGAACGACCAGAAUGCCACUCCCGUCCAGAAGCAUCACGCCACCCUGAACCUCGUUAAGAGGCUGAAGAAGGAAGCCGAGGCCAACGUGCGUACGCUACGGAAGAAACUAGCCCAGGAAAACCGUGGAGCGCCUAACAAGCGCCUCGAUCGCGUGCGCGAUUCUGAAAUCUUCCAAUCCAUUGAAGAUGAAGACCCUCUUCCCGUUUCCACCACCCAGAGCUCGUUGAAGCAAUGGCAGUCGGAGGUCGCUACCUGGGAGUUGCUCCGGAUUCUUCUUGAGCACGACGAGCAAGAGCCGGGCACGGAUGGCAACAAACAGAAAGCACUGGCAGGAAUGCCUACGCUCCAUAGGUUCACCACCGAGAGCGAGGUCUGGGAUCGUUUCAUGUUCGAAGAGGACAGCGCUCGGGAGAAGGAGCUCAUCUUGCGUUGGCUGGAAGAAACGGCGGACGAGGCGGGAGAGGAUAUUGCUACUAUAAUGGAGGAGAAGUCUGGCCGGGGUAGUGGGACGUGGUCGCAGGGCUGGCUUGAUACGAAAUUGAAGCUCAAGCAUGAGAAGAGACUUCGCCCAUUCGAGAGGUCCGCGGAAAAGGCUCUUGCUAACGUCCGGCGUGACGAUACAGGCGAGCCAGUUGCAUACCAGCUGGACCCGGAUGCUCCUAUGCGCCAGGCCCGUGUUCUGGAGAAGUCGGAUGAGGAUUAUGAGAACGCUGCCUGGAUGGCAGUGUGGGAGAUGAUGAGACGUGGCAAGCCCUGGCAAUCGAUCUGGGACUGGUGCAACGAGCACAACGAGCAAUGGCGGGCAGUCGCAUUGGGCAAGUCCUACGACAACCAGGACCGCCGGACUUCGUUGCGCGGGUCCAACUUCGGUUCGCUCUGGCGCCGUGUGUGCUACGCUGCGGCACAGGCCGGGCAGAAUGAGUUCGAGAGCGCCGUCUACGGUCUUUUGGCGGGCGACGUCGCGUCAGUCGAGCCGAUCUGCAGAAAUUGGGACGACUUCCUCUACGUGCGACUCAACAAUGUUUUGCUGGCUCAGUGGGAUCAAUACCUGCACCAGAAUCUACCCUCUGCCGUCCCGCAGGCCUCGUCGCGGCUCGCCUCCCCACCUAACGCUCUUCAGCUGGAGGGCGCUUCACCCAAUCCAAACCGAUUCGUCAUCGACUAUCUCACGGAAUUUGCACCCACCAAACAUGAGAGCAGGGAGCCCAUGAAGAUGAUUCAAGGGGCUUUGAUUGGAAAAUCGUUCCAGGAUCUCGCAUACAACAUGGGCGUCGCUUUGUCAAGUAAAGCCAACGAGGCAUCUCAGUCGACGCUGCUGCCGGCGGUGAAUCUGGAGACGAAAGAGCAGUUCCUUGGCCUUGCCGAUAACUACGAUGCUAUUCGAGUCGUUUCACACAUGCUUCUUAUCAACAAGGCUUUCGGUAUGGAAAUCGACGAGUCCCCCGACCGACACAUCUACGAAAAUGUUUUGGUCAGCUACAUUGACUUCCUACGUAUGGCGGGCAAGAUUGAGCUUGUGCCGCUCUAUGCGUCGCUGCUCUCCGAAAAGCGCUCCUGGGUCGUCCUUGGAGUCGCUUCCACCGACAUUCGUAACUUUGAGGAGCAGAAACUUCAGGUCCAGCUUAUGGAAAGCUAUGACAUUGAUCUCGACGAAGUGCUUGAGCACCAAUUCGAGUACUCGAUGUUGGCAGCAAACUUCCGACUGAUCCCCGACGACUAUAUUCGGAAAUACGAAUUCCUGGAGCCAGCGAAGCACCAACAAUGGCCUGGUCAGCGUGUUCGCAAAGCCUUCCUGCCAGACGGUGUCAGACCAGAGGAUGAGAUGCUCAUUCGGAGUUGUGAGUGGUGGAUGCAUCUCCCGGAGAGGUGGCACAAGACUUUUGUCGCGUUGGCAGAGUCCCUGAAGUCUUUUUUGCUCUACGGCCACAUGGGCGCUGCCGUCAGGCUCAUCGAGCGGUUGCCAUACCGCCACGUUUCGAAAUUGAAGACGGCCGAAAUGCCGAUGAUUGGUCGUAGUAUUGACGUUAUGGAAGAUGAAGACGAUACGUUCGUCACCGUAGAGGGAGACUCCAACCAUCGCCGCUCCUCUCGUAACAUGCGUCCCACAGUUCAGCAACGGCGCUCGCUCUCGCCAGAGACGAUUGAGAUGACAAGAAAGAUCAAGGCGGAAUUGAAGGACGAUAGCAGACUCUACUUCGAGCUUCAGCAACUCGUCCAGGCGAUCAAGAUGCUCGACGAGUGGCGAAUCGAAGAAGCCGAACUGAUCAAGUAUGAAGCUGAAACAUCAUCAUCCCUUGUGGAACACGACAGUGUUAACGACUCACUCAGCCUUAAAUCGACCGGCGGAGCCAUGCCUCCCAAGAACAAGAUCCGCAAUCUCCUCGAGAGCGUGUGCGAAGCCGCGAAUCCCAUCCUCGGCGACAUACUCAUGCUCGCGUGCGACGACGGCGAAGCCGAGCAGCUCAUCCACCUUCGCCGCGCGUAUCUCCCUGAAGUGAUCAUCGGCUACCACAGCGUCCUCCACAGCGCAGCACACAUGGUUGGCCGCGACAACAUCACACGCUGCAUGGACCUCGCCACGACGCUUGCGGCGCCGGAAAACGCCGAUCUGACCAGCGUGUUCUUGGAGACGGGUCGCAUGCAGGAGCUCGUCAACGCGUUCGCGCACUCUAGCUUGGCGAUGAUCAGGUUGUCGGAGGGCAGCGGGAAGAGAGAGCCGAGCAAGAAGCGCACGAGGGACGGGCAGACGAUGAGGUUGUGGGAGAUCAAUACGGGAGAUUCGGAGAAUGGGGCACAAGAGUGA